AUGGCGGAGAGGAGACGGACGAGCUACAGCGUCCACAGGGAGGUCCUGGAUGAAGGAGCCGUGGACGUGAUGGCAGUGAAGUCGGAGCCAAAAACAUCUCUGAAGGACAAAGUCAAAGGAGCAAUGAGGUGUUCUGGUCCCCGGAUGAAGAGCUGCCUGCUGGGAAGUGUUCCCGUCGUAUCGUGGCUUCCUCGUUACUCCAUCAAAGAGAACGCUCUGGGCGACCUGGUGUCUGGGAUCAGCGUCGGGAUCAUGCAGCUGCCGCAGGGAAUGGCCUACGCCUUGCUGGCAGCUGUUCCUCCAGUCUUUGGCCUUUACUCCUCCUUCUACCCGGUGCUCAUCUACUUCAUCUUCGGCACAUCCAAGCACAUCUCAGUCGGAACAUAUGCAGUGAUGAGCGUGAUGAUAGGAGGAGUGACGGAGCGAGUGGCCCCCGAAUCCAACUUCAUGAUAUGGGACAAUAUAACCAACUCCAGCAUAGUGGACAGCGCAGCGCUCGAUGCAGAAAGGAUACGAGUGGCUGUGGCCGUCACCUUUUUAUCCGGAUUAUUUCAGAUUCUACUCGGUCUGGUCCAGUUUGGUUUCGUGGUCACCUACCUGUCCGAGCCGCUGGUCCGAGGUUACACCACAGGAGCUGCCAUCCACGUCAUCGUGUCCCAGCUCAAAUACACCUUCGGCAUCAGCCCCCUGAGAUACAGCGGGCCGCUCGCCUUGAUAUAUACCGUCUUGGAGAUCUGCUAUCUCAUUCCCAAGACGAACAUCGGCACUCUGGUCGUCAGCAUCGUCACCAUCGUCUGCCUCAUCCUGGCCAAGGAGCUCAACGCAUACCUCAGUAAAAAACUGCCUGUUCCUAUACCCGUGGAGCUGCUCGGCGUCAUCAUCGCCACAGUGAUCUCCUGGCAGGUGGACUUGAAUGGCAGAUAUGGAGUGGACGUGGUGGGAGAGAUUCCCUCAGGCCUCCAGCCACCUGUUGUCCCAGCAACCUCUCUGUUCGGUCAGGUGAUCGGAGACGCCUUCGCCCUGGCUGUGGUCGGCUACGGCAUCGCCAUCUCUCUGGGACGAAUCUUCGCCCUGAAAUACGGCUACAAGGUGGACAGCAACCAGGAACUGAUCGCUCUGGGUCUGAGCAACUCCUUCGGGGCGAUCUUUCAGUGUUUCGCCGUCAGCUGCUCCAUGUCUCGCAGUUUGGUUCAGGAGAGCACAGGAGGAAGGACUCAGGUUGCCGGGGCUCUGUCAGCGAUAGUCAUCCUUUUCAUCACGCUCUGGAUCGGAAGGCUCUUUGAGGAUCUGCCCAAGGCUGUGCUCGCUGCAAUCAUCUUUGUCAACCUGCACGGCAUCAUGAAGCAGUUCCUGGACGUCCCAGCUCUGUGGAAGAGCAACAGAGUGGACAUGCUGGUCUGGGUGGUCACCUUCAUCCUCACUGUGCUGCUCAACCCUGACCUGGGUCUGGCUGCUGCCAUCGGCUUCUCCAUGCUCACCGUUAUCUUCAGGACGCAGCUACCUAAAUACUCCCUGUUGGGGCAGAUCCCAAACACCGACAUCUACAAGCCAGUGGAGGACUACGAUCAGGUGAGGCACAUUCCAGGGAUCGUGAUCUUCCGGUCCUCUGCCACGCUCUACUUCGCCAACGCUGAGAUGUACCAAGAUGCUCUGGGAGAGAAGUCUGGCAUCGACAUUACAAAGGUCCUGUCUGCAAAGAAGAAACUGGAGGCCAAAAGGAAGAGGCAGGAGAAGAAAGCUGCCAAGAAAGCCAAGAAGGAGCUCCAGAAGAACGGAGGGCACAUGACGGGCGAGCCAAACAUGGAGCAGCAGAAGGACAUUGCCAUCAUUGAGAUGGAAUUUGAGCCGGAUCCCUCCCUGCCGAGAGCCAUCGUCCUGGACCUCAGCCCCGUCAACUUCCUGGAUACCGUCGGAGUCAAGACGCUCAAAAGUAUUCGGAAAGACUACGGAGAAAUUGGUAUCGAGGUGGUUCUUGCUGGUUGCCAGACUGGUGUGGUGGACAACCUGCAGAAGGGAGGCUUCUUUAAUGACAAAGUGACAAAGUCCUGCCUCUUCGCCACCGUCCACGACGCCGUUCUGCACUGUCAGGCCGCCAAAACCAAGAGCCGGAGGGACGAUGAAACUGAAUAUAUCACUUUGGACUCUGACCAGGAGGAGAUCAAGGCGACGCAUUUCUGAGUCCUGAGAGGAAUCAUGGAGGAUGCUAUGAAGAAGUGACAGACACUGUCUGUAGGAGGAUUUUAUCUGGAUAACUGGGACUCCCGUCUGUCAAAAACACAGACGCAGCAUCGCGCAGACGCACAACAAACACGAUGCACGUGUAUGUAUAUGGACAUGCAGAGCUGUCUGCUUACGCACUGCCUGCACUGUGUGGCUGGUUUAGGUUCCAAUAAGGGGAAAUUUUGUAUAUGAUAAGGGCCAGUGUCAAAACUUUACCGAUCAACACAAUAUUCAGUUUUGCUGCAUUUAGUUUGACGUUAUAAUAUAUUUACAAUACCUGUGCAUCAUUACAAGCAACGCUAUUUAUAUGAACUGUUUAUUCAUCGUAACUUAUAAACCGAAAUCUAUCAAUCAAUUGCUCAAAUAAAAGAUGUAUUGAUGUCCUGCUGUGAUGUUAAAG